AUGACGUGCCUGUUCCACGGACUCUCUUCCCCUGCACACUACCACCCCAGCCGCGGCAGUCUCGUCGAUCACGGUGGCAUUCUGCGCACCGGAUCGCCUCUGUAUCAGAAUCGCUACCGCCUCCUGUCUCGCUGGGGUCUCCGUUGGCGAUCAAUGUCGCUGCGCAAUGUGCGGGUUCGUCUCCGACGAGUUCGUCAGCGGCGUGACGAGCGAAAACGAGCUGCGCGCCGGGAAACCCUCAAGCAAAGUAUCGGGGGCCCUGUGUACGUGGCGUCCAGCACGACCAAUGGCGUCGUGCGGUGA